AUGGGUGUGCUUUAUGACGAUGAGACGGGAAUUGCGCCCCUCUGGAGCGGUGUCGAAAUAGAAUAUCCGGAGGAUGGCUGUAUGCGCCGGGAGGUGUUGGCAACUGACGAAGAAGCUGAUGAGAUAGCUUUACGAGCGAUAUACAACGAACUGGAUAUGGCUCAAAUCGCAGUUACGCGAACAUUGUCUGUUGGAACAAGCAUUGUCUGGCUCGAGGUUGAACGGAGGAAAUUGGAGAAUCAACGUAUCCAUGACAUGGAUGCGGAUGUCCCUGUCAUCGGUGACAUCAUGCGUACUGUUGUCCCGAUCAUUCGCAAGCAUGGGUCUGGACAAAUGCUCUAUGCUGCUGACCGUGCUAUUCCUUUCUCUCAGUUCAUUGACGAAUAUCCUCAGCCCAAGACGCAGCUGCGUAAUUCGAUAACAAUCAAAAGCGGGCAUCGCAAUGUCCACGUCGAUCUCGCCGGUCUCCAUAGCGUGAGCUUCAACAUUAACAUCAUCUCUGGUGAUAGCUAUUUCGGUGCUAUCCAUGGCGGAAAUAUCGGGGGAAGGAACAAUGUCAACACCUGUGUGUAUUUCAUCGUCACCCUACAGACUGAGUUCAUGACUAACUAUUUUGCUACCCAGUUCGCAUAUCGAGCCCUGUUGGUUCUCGUUCGCCUCGUUCGGCCUGGUCCCUGCGUCGUAGGCAUACCCCACUCCUGCAAGAACAAGCAGAAUCACAGGGAGGAGUCGGUCGCUGGGUACAACAGCGAUCGCCCCGUCCUAGGCCAUAUUGAAAUACGAAUGCAGAGUUAUACGCCUCGAACAAACAGCUGCGAGGCUAUCAGAAUAUACACAUACCUCAGGCGGCCAGUCUUCUUAAAUUCUCCCAGUAGUUCGAUCCGUUAUCUGGUUCCUCGUGUUCCCUCUCUAUCACGCGUCUCCCAAUUUGUAUAG